UGUACGUUCCUGUUGAUUUAGACUCCGAUUUCAUGUUAAAAGUUUAUGAUUCAACGAAAAGACAGUGAAUUUAGUCUUCCUGGCCUCAAAAGGCAUACAGGAGAGUUAUUUCCAUUUAUUUGAGCGAUAAGCCUUGUGGACCAUAAGAAGUAAAGAGUGUAAUAUAGUCAGGAUGGCUUCUAUUCUAUUAUUCAUACUGGAGAUUAUUUUGUCUAUAUCAUUAACAGAAAUACGUUCAAAUGCUCGUGAAACUCUUUCACUAAACGGUUCAAAAUUUUCGGAUGUAAUAUUUUUAGCUACAGCUUUCCCUCGUAGGCUACGAUUAAAAAGGUUGAAAGCAUUCUCUGUAAAAUUUAUAUCUGGAGAACAAGGGUAGAUUUCGAGCAACUCAGCUUUGAUAGAUUCAAGAGCCCUUGUUGCAACUCUACCUUGUUGAGAAGGGUCAUUGUCCAUUACAAAAAGCUUUCCACCGUUACCCUUAGGGCACGCCUCAGCAAAGGUCAGGUUAAAGUGGCCUCUAAUAACCUGAGCAAAAAAUUAUCCAUUCAUGUUAGCAUAAGUUUCUUUCAAAAUAACUCCUUUUCCAUAUGCAAGGGGGGAUCAAUUAUACUUGCUUCUAUUUAUCUUUUUUUCUAAAACGUCAAGGACGUAGUUGAAAUCGUGGGUUUUAGCGCGCAAAAGGAGAGGUGUCCCAACAACUUAUGGCCAGGAUUGUAGCUCUAGGACAGAAUUGUAUCAAGAUUAUCAGUGACAAGUCAAAUUCUGUCGCUAUGUUUUUGCGAAUCCAGACAGAUAUGUGAGGACUCAUCCAUUUAAUUGGUUUAGCAAGUGAUAAGUGACAUUAUUUAAUGGGGCCGAGUGGAUUACAAUUAAAGAAGCAAUUUCAAAAUCGACCGGGUACUACGUAACUUUAAAAGACAUUUGACAUUACGAGCGCGAUUAGUACUUUACUCCACCGAAUCCACCACUGUUUUGUAAUUCGAUAAUUUUUAUCUAUAAUAAGAAAUAUAAGCAGAGCUAAGCUGACUGGGAAUUGUGUUAUGAUGCGAUGACAUUGAAAGAAGCCAUUAUGUUUAAUAUAUAUGUGCGUUCGUCAUACCGAUAGAAAAACAAUGCCUGGUGACUGAGCUCGAGACUAUAACUGAGCUCGCUUUACACUACCUGGAACUUCUUGCCCUGUAAAGUCUUGAGAAAGACAGUGUCAGUCUUAAACCUAAAUGGUGAUGGGAUACAAGUCUAAAGAGAAUAAUUGUUCAGAAAACUCAUAAUGAUUGUUUCAAAAAUAUACAGCGGUUUAAUUGCGAAGUUGUAUAUUUUUCAGGGGAUAGUAGCUGUAGUUAUGGAGAAUCAGCAAAUGUAAUGUCCCAACAGCACCUCAGCAACGUAUCCGUUGAGAUUGCCAGUUGUGAAGGUGACAUAACCUUUUUUGCCAAACGUUACGAUUCAGACACAAGACAGUGGUUUUUUGACGAUUUUGACAAGUGGUUCCGUGAUCCAGGCGAUUCUCGAGCUUAUGUACUCCUAGGCGAUCCAGGAGUCGGCAAAAGUGUGAUAGCCGGAGUCAUGGCACAGCGCAUGAGAAAGGCUGGACACUUAGGAGCUGCCUACUUCUGCCGUCACAACGAUGGCACAAGAAACGAUCCCAGGUACCUUCUUGGGACUGUUGCACGUCAACUCUGUGAUUGUAAUACUCAGUAUAGAGUAAUUAUAGGAGGAGAGAGUGGAGUAAAAAUGUUGUUAGGCAAUUCUAAACUUGGUGUUCGGGAACUCUUUACAAAAUUAGUACAAGAACCAUUAAGUAAGUGUUCUCCUUGUGACCAGAAAAAGUUAGUUAUUAUUGACGCACUGGAUGAGACAGAGUACGAGUCCAGGGAAGAUUUUCUUGAUCUCAUAAUGCACUGCUUUCCCUUGCUUCCCGAAUGGCUUGUGUUCUUUAUCACCAGUCGCCCUGAAGAUUCGGUGCAGUUCAGAUUGAAAAAGUAUAACCCCUGUGUUAAAAUUUGCGCUGGAAACAGCGAUCAAGACAACUUUUAUCAGCAGCAUGAGCAGGACAUCCAAACAUUUUUGAAAAACAAAAUUGAUUUCUCUCGUUUAUCCGUCACGGUAGAAGACAUAUCAAAAAAGUGUAACGGAUUAUUCCUGUAUGCACAUUACAUUGUUGACGAACUGAGGCUUUCUGCAGAUUCAGGUAAGGAAGUGAAUCAAUUGAGCGAUCUUUUCCCUGGAGAUAUCGACAGUUUCUUUCUGCAGAAUUUUAAGCGCGUCUAUGACCAAGUGGGACAGAACAUUUUUAAGAAGUUGUUUGGUUGUACCAUCGUAGCCCCCGCAUCUCGGCUUCCUGUUUCAAUAAUUUCCUACAUUCUAAAGAGAGAGAAAUCAAACUGCGAUGAACAACAAGUGAUCGAUGCUGUAUCACAAUUUGUGGUGUUACGAAUAUCUGAUCAGACAUUAACUUUCCUUCACAAUCUGAUCCCAGCGUGGCUGACGGACAGGAACAAAGCUUCUCGGAAAUUGUUCAUCUAUAAGGAUGAGGCAGGUGAGUACCUUAGAAAAGUUUUCGUUGAAAUUCUCGCCUAUGUCGUGAAUAAACCUCCGACAGGCCCAUCCAUUGACGUUGAUUUGAAGGACUAUGUUUCACGCGUUGGCGUCCGCUUUCUAUGUGAGAAUGGAGCCAAAGAUUUGCUGAAAGUUGCUUUCGCUUCCUUGACGAAUUAUCACUUCAUUGAAGGAAGAAUGAAAUAUGGGAAAAUUGAGAUUUACCGCCUGCUGGAAGAUUUUAGGCUCGCGGCCAGCCGUUUUGCUCUCGAAGAAGUAAGUAAACAAGAAAUCCUCCAGGAGAUCUUACUUACUAUUGAAAGCAAUGUCCUUGUUCUCUUGGAAUGCCCACACCUUCUACACUCGUGUAUACGAAACGCCUCAAAUGCUGUCCAACAGACCGUUUCCAUCCCUCAAGUGGCCCUUCCCUGGUUGGAGUGGAUCAGUAAUUUUCGUCUUCCUAUUGCUGUUGAUGCCAACAUUACUAACAUGCACUGCUUUGCCACAGCUCCUAAUAAGAGGACAGUGGCUGGAGCGGAGGGUCGGUCUCUGCAAUUCUUUGACCUAUCUACGGUAGAAAAAGUGAGCGAUCCUUUUGAUCUAAGCAACGAUACUAUUGAUAGCAUUAACCAUUUGGAGUAUUCUCCCGACGGUAAGUUUCUAUUUUUUGGACGUCUCGACAAAUGGUUUUCUGUUGAUCGAGGUUGUGUGGAGGACUUUCCUCAGUUCUCAGGGAAUUCCCAUGUCUAUAAAUGGGGCGUGUUGACUCGUGAUGGACAGUACAUUGUCGUGAAAAAAGGUUUUCUGUCCUGUCCAAGUACCUGUGAACGUCAGUCUUGUGUUUUUAACUUAUUGGCUCUUUGGGCUCUGAAGGAGAUUGAGCUGAGUGGAGAUGAUGAGAUGACCGCCAGUUUUUGCCCUGACGGAUUGAAAGAAAUGGGACCAUGUAGCGAAGCAGGGGUGCACAUCAAACGCUUGUUCGAGCGUCUCGGAUUGAGAGAAAUAUUGGGCGAGGGUGACAUUCUUGACGAUCCAUCGUGCUACUACUGUUGCAGACUAAGAGAAUUAACUCAGUCAAAUCAAGAACCAUCUUUGGCAUCUGUACGACAACUUGUCAUUAAGCUUUACCCAUGCAUAUUUGAAUAUCAGGUCUGGGAUCUAGAGACUGGGAUGCCUUUGUUACAGCAAGUUUUUUCAGCGGAUAUUCAGUUCAACCCGUUCACCUAUUUCUGCCAUGUGUUCUGGGCUUAUAGUGAAGUUGAAUUGAAAAAGAGCUGUUCUGGCAUAUGGAAAGCCAUGUCACGUUGUAACAUUGCCACAGUAACUGCUUAUUGUUAUUUCCGUUCUGUGCGGCAGCUGGAGAGUAAUCUGGAGACGCUCGUCGCGAUGGCGAUGUCGAAUAGCUCGUUGAUGAAGAAGAUCGAGGAUCACUUGGAGAAGACUCUGGGGGAGAAUGAGCGAAAGCUAGAGCUGGAGGUCGAGCGGAAGACUUUUCACAUGCAUGCGUUGGAGAGUUUCUUUAGGGAAGCUUUUGAGAGGAAGCGACUUGAAAAUUUAGAUGACAUUCCUAAAUUACGGAAAAUAUACUAUUUCUGCAAAUGGGCUUUGAUGGGGGAGAGCGAAGGGCACCCAGAUUUUUUGUCCCCUGAGUUGUUCAGAGAGGUCCAUAAUGACGCAUUCAAGAUUGGCCUUUGGAGGAACAUUCCUGAAGGUUUUCAGAAUCUCCCUGAUUCUGGUAACAGAAAAGUUCUUAGUUGCGUGUCACCACAAAUGAAAUGGGUUAUCCAGGCUGAUGAUUCUUUGCAGGUGAGCUUGUUACAAACAGGAAAUCAAGAAGAACACCAUAUUCAUCACGAAAAAACAGAAUAUACCUUCAGUAAAUCCACACGCUUUACCUUUUCAAAUGAUGAUCUUUUUUUUGUUUAUCAGUCGCCUGGAGGCUCAUUGCGCGCCUUAUCUUUCAAGACAGGUGAAGUACUCUCGAGUGUGUCGGGCAAUAACGUUGGCUACUUUACAAGAGAAAGGCAGGUUGGGUAUUUGUUUCGUCAUGGUACCGAGGAGACAGCCAUCUUUUUGACAAGUUUAUUCAGUCCUUUUAAGUUUCUUCCAGCACAACCUGUGAAACCAUUGGUUGUAGGAAAAUCCGUUGCAGCGAUGUUCUGUUCAAGUAAUGCUGUUAUAUCUGUUAGCUCUGACUCGACAGUUACGGUGAUGCAAACCUCGACGUCUGCUGAUAAAGAAUUCAUCCCCUUCGGUGAUGUCUGCAUCGGUUGGUCGACUGUAUCCGGCCCGCAGUCUCUCGCUGUGAAGAAUUGUGCAGUGUCCUCAAACGGAAGGCUUAUUGCCAUUCACUUGGAAGGUAAGUUAGAAUUGUACGGUUUUAUAGAAUCGAAAUUAGAGUUUCUUCACUCAAAAUGCGAGUGUAUGGUAACAUGCUUUGCAUUUUCAAGUGACGGUACCGCUCUUCUCUUAUGUACUCAGGAUAGCGAAAACGAUUCAUAUUUCCAUGUAUGGGAUAUCCAAGAAGAAGUUGUUUCGGCUCGUUUAGAAUCACGAGUUCACCUGACUCCGGAAUGUUGUUGCCUUUCUUCGGAUAAAGUAGUAUUGUGUGGUGACUACGAGAUUGAGAUCUGGGAGUACGCUGAACAUACCUGCCGCCUUAUUGCGAGACGCAGCGUCGCGAGGCCUUACAUCUCUGUUAGGUUCAGUCAGUGCAGUGUGUCGGUGGAUAAUCAGUUUUUGGUAUGCUGCAUCGCAGACGUAAUUCUUGUGUACAGUCUUGGCACUUCCAAUAUCUAUUCCUCCAAACAAGUUCUUCGCGGCCAUCUUGGGAUAAUCGAGUUUUGUCGUUUUUUAAAGAUAAAUCGAUAUCUUAUCUCAUACGCCGUUGAUGGUAUGGUCUUUCUGUGGGACAUCAGCGAGGCGAAAGCUGCUGGAUUCUCCAGGAUAGUUGAAGGGCAGGAAAGCAUCGUAAGCUUGGCCGUGUCCCCUGAAGAAGACAGAGCCGUCUGUUUCACAUCCACUGGUCGAGUGUGCAUGAUAAAACUCUGUGAACUUGGCUCUGCGCUGGAAUUAAAACCAUUCACAGCACCGGUAAAAAUUGAGCCGCAGAAGACAGCUGAAACAAGUUUACAAUCACUAGACAUAGCUGAUUCAUGGAGCUGUUGUGACUUUGAAGAUAGUUAUUUCUUGGAGGAUUUGGACGAAUCUGACUAACUAGUUUUUUAACCUUGCGAAUGCAGCGACGUUGCAAAAAGUUAGUACCACUUGAAUUAAUAGCACUGCUCUCGUCCAAUGGGAAUCUUUUGUCAGGUGUACUAUAAAUGACGUAAUUAGCGAAUGUUGGAAAAAAUUCCAAUGGGCAUUCUUUAGGCAAAAUUUAAACUUAUGUCUUAACGACUUUUUCCUGCUUGUCUAUACAUAUUUUCAAAGCUAUUCAGUACAACAUUUUGAUAACUGAAAGGCAAUUAAACAACUGAAAACAAGCCGUCGUAAUGCUGGUAAUAGUAUUUUUGGGUAUUUCCUGAGGUGAAAAGAACUACUCCGAUAGUCAACCAAUCUGAUAUGUCAUGAGUGGUUUAAUUGAACGUGCCCAUUUGUCCAUGGAGACCCAGAGUGCAAUGAUGAAAAGAAUGUUUGAGUUUAAAAAAUUGCAAAUCUGUGAAGAGAAAAGCAUCCAAGGGCGCAAAAAUAUAAAGAACACAAGUCUGCAAGGUAGCUUGGCAGGGGCGGAUUUAGGGGUGGGAGGGGGCUGUCCCGCCUUUGUUCUUGUAGUUUCGGAAAAAAAUUGACCAACCGUUUUAGAGGGGAUUUUUUCAUUCGGUUUUGGGGGAAUGGGGGAGGCUUGCCCUCAGCCACAAUUUCUUCGGACCCCCUUUUUUAAAUAUUCUGGAUCCGCCCCUGCUUGGUGUGCCCUCCGAAGAUCCAGAGCUCAAUGUACUCAUCUUUUCUGGACCCGAACUCUGUUUUAAACAUCUAAACUCGAAAACUCAUCUUAAUUCUCAUUACCGAUUAUCAUUCAUUUUUGUAAUGUCAGCUCUGAGAAUUUGGUACCACAUCAAGACAAUAUCACUUAGCUGUUGAUUUUGUUUAUUCUCAUCAGUUGUGUCCUUGACAGUAUGUUUAUAUCGUAGGUAGAAAUUAGAUGUUAAUUUUUCAAGGGUCACGAUUUGUCAGCUUAUAUCACUAAGUACGU